AUGCCGAAUUGCCUGUCAGUGCAGCUGGUCACUUCUGGAUUGUCCCAGCUGGCCGUGAGGUAUUUGAGAACUAGUGCAAUAUGCCAGAAUGUCCGCACAAGAUUUGCACCGAGUCCAACAGGUGACCUGCACCUAGGCAGUCUGCGCUCAGCACUCUACAACUAUCUGUUCGCCCGUUCACACGGGGGAACGUUCGUGCUGCGCAUUGAGGACACGGACCGAAGCCGCACCGUGCCUGGCGCUACAGAUCGGCUCCUGAGCACCCUGCAAACGAUGGGUCUGUGCCCGGACGAAGGGCCGUCGGUGGGCGGCGCGCGCGGCCCGUACGUGCAGUCGGAGCGGACGGCGCUGUAUCAAGAGCACGCGGAGCAGCUGGUGGCCAGUGGCGCCGCGUACCGCUGCUUCUGCAGCCGGGGCCGACUGGACCUGCUGCGCCGCAAGGCCGUCAGUCGCGCUGAGAAGCCGCGCUACGACAACCGCUGCCGCCACCUGACCGACGACAAGCGGCGCCACCUGCUGGAGCGCGGCGUUAAGCACGUGGUCAGGCUGAAGCUGGAGGACACGGCGGCGCCAUUUCCGGACCUGGUGUACGGUCCGGUGGCGUUCGACGUGGCCGCCCAGGAGGGCGACCCCGUGCUGCUGAAGGCCGACGGCUUUCCCACCUACCACCUGGCCAGCGUCGUGGACGACCGGAUGAUGGGGGUGACGCACGUGUUGCGCGGUGUCGAGUGGCAAGUGUCCACGUCCAAACACCUAGUGUUGUACAGGGCGUUCGGCUGGGAGCCGCCUCAGUUCGCCCACCUGCCGCUCAUCACCAACCCGGACGGCACCAAACUGAGCAAGCGGCACUCGGACGUCAGCGUGGAGAGCCACCUGGCGCGCGGCUUCCAGCCGGAGGCGCUGCUCAACUACGUGUGCCUGACCGGCGGCGGCUUCCGCCAGCUGGAGCAGACUGCGCUCACGGACCUCACGCAUCUCAUCGAACAGUUCGACCUGAGCCGGGUACACACCAACUCGUGUCGGCUGGACCCGCACCGGCUGCACCAUCUGAACCAGCUGGCUCUGCGCCGCCGAUUCUCCAGUCCAGGACCGAGAGCCGAGCUGUUCGAAACUGUACGGCAGCUGGUCACCGGGAGGUUCAAAGACAGCGACCACGCCGUGUCGCAGCGCGUGCUCGAGGACCAGUACGUGGAGAAGGUGUUGGCAUGGGCGCUGGAGGAGGGGCGUGUGACCACGCUGCAGGAGCUGGUGGGCCGUGACCUGGCAUACCUGUGGGCUGUGCCCGGCUGCCUGCCCGUCGGCCGGCUACCGGCAGUGGCCGAUCCAGGCGGCGCGCUGCGGCUGACGGCAGCCGAGCUGGCUGCGUGGCCGGAGGAGGACCUCACCAGAGAGCGGCUGGUGCCGCUGCUGCGCGCCGUCUCCGAGCGCAGCCAGGUCAAGUUCGGCGCGCUGAUGAGGUUGCUGCGGCUGGCCCUCAGCGGCGUCGAGGAGGGUCCUGGGUCGCGGAGAUGA